ACAAGAACUGCGAUUAGUCGAGAAAGAAACUUCAACGAGACAUCAUUCCUAUCUCUAUCUCUCUCUUUUUUUUCUAUUUAAUAAAAAUAGUUAUUGAAAACGUAAACAAUAAUGGAACGUUGGGCUGGUAAAAUAGCUAUAGUUACUGGUGCAUCUAGUGGAAUGGGAUUAGCAAUAGCAAAAGCUCUUGUACAAAAUGAUGUAGUCGUGAUCGGAUUUGCUAGAAGAAAAGAGAAAAUGCAGAGCGAAAUGCAGAAUGUUAAGGGAAAAGGUAAAGGAAAGUUCUAUGCUUGUGAGUGUGAUGUCACUAAGGCCGAAAGUAUCGAACAAGCAUUCGAAUGGGUCAAGAAUAAUUUUGGAACAAUCCAUAUUCUGGUGAACAAUGCUGGGGUCUCCUCAGAUGCCAAAUUUAUGGAUUCAUCUAGACCUGAUUGGAAAAAAUUAUUCGAUAUAAAUGUGUUGGGUUUAAUUGAUUGUAGUAAACGUGCCGCUAGAAUGAUGUUAGAUUCUAACGUGGAAUGUUACAUUGUUAAUAUGAACAGUGUCUUAGGACACAACGUUGAUCUUCCGGGUUUUACACUUAACUUUUACCCAUCGUCCAAAUCCGCUUCUGUUGCUGCUACUGAGAUCAUACAAAAGGAAUUACAUGGCAGCAAAAUUCGAGUGACGAGUAUCAGUCCAGGAUUAGUAUCUACGAAUAUAAUGCAGGCCAAUAACUUCAACAUAAAGGAGUCGUAUAAGUCUUUGUAUGCAUUGGAACCUAAUGAUGUCGCAAAUGCCAUUAUUUACGUAAUUGGAACCCCACAACGCGUCCACAUUACAGAAUUGAUUAUUAGACCAUUCGGAGAAGUUAAAUAUGCGGUGUAAAUAUAUAAUUAGAUUAUGUAUAAUAUUCAAGAUAAAUAUUAUAUUGUUAUUAUCUUUGUCAAAACACAAUAAAGU